AUGUCGCUCGUCAACAAGAGACUAUUCUCGGAUACACAAGACCUUGGGAUAACGCAAAAGUGUGCCCUAAUUAAUGCUUUCUGGCCUCAUUUGAAUAUUUCGGAGAGUGACUACUUCGAAGACGAAUACACAGCUUUGUUUAGCUACUGGGGAGAAACUCUGAGAAGCCUGCGCCCUUUCAGCCACGAGUUCGCGAUAGAAGAGUGGGACGGCAUACUUGCUAUGAUUACCCAGUUGAGCUUCGGUAGAGAUACAAAGAAGGAGGUGCUGGUGUCCGAUCUCAGAAAGCACUAUCAAAACAUCGGCGACAAAGCUAUUGCUUGCUCUAUCGAACUUACAGUUCGUCUUUGGAUAGGUGUCAACGUGCGCUCCAAGGGAUUAUUUGUUGGACCGGAAAAGUCGAGAGUGUCUUACAUCCGAUGGCAAGAUGACCACUCACUGAAAGAAAUGGUUGCUGCACCAUUCAUUAACAGCAAAAGGAAAGCGCGUACUGCACCAAUGUUCCUGUUCGACGAUUCAUUUACAGCUGUGGGCCUGAAGGACAUAUGUCGAUUAGAGAUACUAUGGACCGAUAAUUUAGCGGAUCAUUUGAGACUACACGGGUCUCGGGGGGAGCGUCAACUGUCAAUCUACAAACACAAAAUCUGCCUAAUAAACCACCGAAAAGAACCCGAACCAAUGCUCAUUCCAAGGGAUCUUCUAGACGAGACCAUUUGUACUCUUGAACUCCUAUUCCCUGAGGGUGACGAACCGACAGAGACCUUCUUGAACGACGAAAAGGUCCAGAUGUGGAUAGAGAACUCAAUUGAUAUACCUCAAGCGACCGAACUCGAUGACUUUGAAUUCUGGAGGAGUCGUCUGUCACAACUGCUGAGUUUGUUCUAUGGACCUCCGGAAACUGUACGUCAAACUCUACUGGAUAGAAGAAAUACCGCCCAAUUCGCAACCAUAUGGGUGGCCAUUUUCGGAGUUUUCUUCUUGACAAUCCUCUUUGGCGUCCUCUCGACGGUCUACUCAGCCAAGCAGUACAGCGUAGCAGUAGAUUCGUACAAACUUGCCAUCGCGCAAGCGUGUCAACAAACAUCCCAACCAUUGCCAGGAUAUUGCACGUAG